AGAGAGAGAGAAAGGAAAGAAACUAUGGUUUUAAAUUGCUUAAACAUUUUCAGCCACCGCAUGCUCUUCAUUUCUCUUUCUCUUUUCUUUCUCUUUUCUUUCUCUCUCACUGCCAUUCAUUUCUCCUCUUCUUUUUCCCAUUCUUUCUUUCCAAACCUACGAACAAAACGAAUAACUCUCACAAACCAGACCAAUGGGAGGAUGUGCGACCAAGCCCAAGGUUUCCUUGGAAGAUAACUAUGGCAACGCCAAAACUCCCCCACCUGAACCUCAACCUGAACCUCUUAUCCAAGACAACCUUAAUGUCAACGACAUCCUCGACGAAGACCAAACAAACAAACGACGCUCUCUCAGCUUGUUGUUCAAGGAGAAUAAAGAUUCUGAUGUUUCCACAGAAAAUGAGAAAACCACAGUGGAGGAGACUGUGAAAGAAGCGUCUGCUGAGGAUGCUAAAACCAAUGAGCCAAUAGUUAAACCAGAAUCUCCAAAACCAGAGCAGAAGCUGUCCGAGGAAAGUAAAAGCAACGAAUCCCCAAAACAAGAAUUUAAGACUGUGAAGAUAGAAACAUCAGAAACUGAGAAACCUUCAGAAGGAAUUCUUAUCGAUGAAGCAGCUAAGGAGACAGUGAAACUAGAGUCAGAAGCUGAGAAAACUUCAGAGGUAACUAGCGUAAGUGAACCAGCCAAGGAAACAGUGAAACUAGGAUCAGAAGCAUACAAACCUUCACAGGUAACUGGUAUAAGUGAACCAGCCAAGGAAACAGUUAGACUAACAUCAGAAUCUGAGAAACCUUUAGAGGUAACUAGUGUUAGUGAACCAGCCAAGGAAACAGUGAAACUAGGAUCAGAAGCUGAGAAACCUUCACAGGUAACUGGUAUAAGUGAACCAGCCAAGGAAACAGUGAAACUGGAAUCAGAAGCUGAGAAAACUUCAAAGGAAACUCAUAAAAAUGAACCUGAUGAGGAAACAGUCAAACCAGACUCAGAAGAUAAGAAACCUUCAGGGGAAACUCUUCCCAAUGAACCUGCUAAGGAAACAGUGAAACCAGAACCAAAAGCCGAGAAAGAUUCGGAGGAAAAGAAUCAAAGCAGCGAGCAAGUGAAGGGAAAACAUACAGAGACAUCUUCUGAGGAACCACGAAGCAAUGAACCCAUCAAACACAACGAGAAGCUUAUCGAACCAUCAGAAACAGAAAAGCCAAGUGGGGAAUCAAAGGAGAAUGCUUCAGAAGCUGAAAAGCCCGAGACCUCUUUUAAAGAGAGCAUAAAAACUGAAGCAGCUCUUCCUGAGGAGAAAGUAAUUGAAGUUGUUCCAAUCGAUGCCAAGUCUGUGGAGAACGUAACUAAGGUUGCUGAUGCUGACACUGAAAACCGCUGAAACCUGAAAUCUGAAUGAGAAUCAUCAACAACUAGAAACAUAGCAGAGUUUCAGGUUGUUCUUUGUUUCAUCCCAACCGAAUCAUUGUGUGAGAUUUUCCAACUACAUUUUCAUUGUGUUUUUUUUUUUUUUUUUUCAUAUAUAUAGUUUGAAGAACCAAUUUUUGUUCUUGUCAAUCCACUUUUUUUGUUUUUUCUAUUCUAUCAUUUCUUAUCUGUAUCGACAGGUCAAGGUCAACAUUGUAAAUUGUAAUUUUGUUGUAAGUGGGAAUCCCGUGGAACUUUGUGCAAUACUAGAAGUAGUGCACAAAUGUUACACGAACCAAGCUGAAAAAACUAGUUAUUUUUGGUUUAUAAAUCUAA